CUGCUGCUUCCAGGUCACACAGGGACCUUAGAGCCAAGACCCUGCGCAUUAUUCCUGUCCCUUUCUCAACUUCAUGGGACAACCUUAUCACAUGAGGAAAGGGAGGGAGCUUUCCAUGGAGGUCUGAGUGCUCCCAUGGGAUUCCUCAUCCUGCAAACCUCCCCUCCUCCCCACUGUGCCAUGCAGGAGCUGCUGGACACGCUGCAGCAGGAGAAGCUGGCCCUGGAACAAUCCAUCCUGGAGCUGCAGACAAACAUGUCCCGGCUGGAGGAGCAGGCGCAGGAGCUGAGGGAGCGGGAGAGGCUCCUGGUGUUCUUCCCUGAGCUCCAUGUCCCCGCCGAGGCGCAGGUUGAGAGCAGGAGGGAUGCCCACACCUCUGAGCAGGCUGAGCUCCGUUGGAUUUUGCCUGCAGGCACUGGGAACUUGACGGAGGACAUGGAGAAUCAGCUCCAGGCCAACAGCAUCCGGAUCGGGGUGCUGGAGCGGGAGAACGCGCGGCUGGGCGCUGUGCUGGCCAAGGUGAAGGCGGCUGCCCAGCAGGGCGUGCUCAAGCUAAUCCCACAGGCCCAGCUGGGGUCCCAGCUCCAAGGGAAGGCCAGCGGGCAGGACACAGGGAGGCCCAGCAGGGGAGGCAGCAGCGACAGCAAAGACAGCAGGGACAGCAGAGGGAUGCCGGGAUGCAUGGACAAGGCCUGGCAUCGAGUUCCCAACAGCCAGCACUCCAAGCUGCUCCGGGCAGAGCCCACAUUCCAGGCCAGACCCAGCCUGUCGCUCCCAGUGGGACGCCUGGGGCUCGACCUCCCUUGCACCACACGGGGACCUACCACAAAUAAACACUGAUGAGCUGAUCUUCUAACA